AAUGAAAACUUGAACUAUUUCAAGUUGUUAACUGUCAAACACAGGAGAAAGGGCUAUUUAAAUUCGCAAAAAUGGCCAAAUAUUUUGGUCUCGAUAGGAUCUUCACGUUCCUGAAUACAAUUAAAGAGGCUGGCGGAAUCAAAGCCUCACUAUACAAGUUAUACAGGAUGGAUUCCCUGAGACCUGGAAAACUGGUGGGUACUGACAAAUACGGGAAUAAGUACUACGAAAACCCUAUGUACUUCUACGGCAGGAACCGCUGGGUGGAAUAUGCUCCGUAUUACGGUCUGGAAUAUGACGGAAGUCAAGUCCCUGCCGAGUGGUUCGGCUGGUUACAUUACAAAACGGAUUUGACUCCGGACAAAGACCCGUCCAGGCCCAAAUACAAGUGGAUGAUGGACCACACGGAGAACUUAAGCGGCACCCCUGGUCAGUUCAUGCCUUACAGCACCACCAGACCAAAAAUAGAAGCUUGGGUGCCCCCGAAAAGACAGUGACAAACUUUUAGGUAUUGUGUUUCUGAGUAAAUUGUGUUUAGUAAUAAAUAAAGUGCGAUAGUGGAAAAGAU